UUUUUUUUUGCUAAUCAACGCGAAUUCCGUCCGUUCGAUAUUCUUCUGCAGCCCGCGCGCAGUACGACGGAGCUGGCGCCCUCCUCGGGUAUAAUAUUACCUAAUACCUAUGCCAGUUCUCGAGUCUAUACUGCGUCUACGCGUGGCCUUGUUAGCUGUUCCUCCACUUAUAAGUAUUCCGCUCUUCUAACUUCUAUGCUGCGUGUGUGAGGUGCCCGUUUUUUACGCCAUCGCCCGUCGCAGUCUCAGCUCAGUUACGUGCGACGUAGAUUAUAAAUUUAUAACUACUCAGUGUGUGUGUGUGUGUGUGUGUGCGCGCGCGCGCGCUGCCGCCGAGUCGGUUGGAAGUUGGAGAAUAGUGUGUGCAGGUCAGCUCGCGGCAGUCCCGACUCCCGAGGGAGCUGCAUUCUGUGUGUGCGUGUGUAUCGGCCUCUGUGUGCGCGGUCGACUACUUAUAAGCAUAGGUAACAUCUAAUACACUGCUUAUACCGCUGGGGAGAGUCGGAGAGCUGAAAAUAACAGACAACGGCGAGAAAGUGCAGACCGCAUCACGACAUCGCAGAAAGAAACAUGCCAACUGUCCCCUCAUUCGAUCGAUGGAAAAUGAUGGUUAAAUAAUAGGAACACAGAAGAUUGCUAAACUACUUGAGUGAAGAAUUCGUUGAUUAGUUAUGGGGGCAUUUUUGGACACACCUAAAACUGACAAGUAUAAUGAGCAUGGCGAAGGCAACGGUCUUAAAUAUGGGGUUGCUAGCAUGCAGGGAUGGCGACUCGAAAUGGAGGAUGCGCAUCAGGCUAUAACUGGUCUUGAAGGUGGUCUCGAAGACUGGAGUUUCUUUGCUGUGUUUGAUGGCCAUGCAGGUGCUAAAGUGUCAGCGCAUAGUGCAGAACAUUUAUUAGAGUGCAUAAUGCAAACAGAGGAAUUCAAAGCUGAAGAUGUGAUACGAGGAAUACAUUCUGGCUUUUUAAGAUUGGAUGACAAAAUGCGAGGUCUUCCAGAAAUGUGCGAUGGUACUGAUAAAUCUGGUUCUACUGCGGUAUGUGCAUUUAUAUCUCCAAAGAACAUCUAUAUCGCCAAUUGUGGAGACUCGCGCGCAGUGUUGUGCCGGGCGGGCAACCCGAUCUUCUCAACGCGUGAUCACAAACCGGUCCUACCUGCCGAAAAGGAGCGUAUACAGAAUGCUGGCGGCAACGUUGUCAUCCAGCGGGUAAACGGACUAUUGGCAGUAUCCCGAGCUCUUGGCGACUACGAGUACAAGAAUGUUGAGGGCCGUGGACCCUGCGAGCAACUUGUCUCACCCGAACCCGAGAUUUUCGUGCGUGAUCGAGACGACCAGCAUGACGAGUUCUUGGUGUUGGCAUGCGACGGUAUCUGGGAUGUUAUGACCAAUGAAAACUUGUGCAAUUUCAUACACUCUAGGCUACUACUUACCGACGAUUUGGAGGCAGUUACUAAUGAAGUUAUAGACACUUGUUUGUACAAGGGUAGCAGAGACAACAUGAGUAUUGUAUUGAUCACGUUCCCUGCAGCUCCGAAGCCCAAUAUCGAGGCUAAAAAGAAGGAAGCCGAACUCGACAUGUUCAUUGAGAGGACAAUUAAAGAUAUAGUUUCACGAGAGGCGGACAAAAAGGACUUUGUUUUUUUAAAACUUCUUCAUAUGCUCAUGGAUCAAGGCAUAUCCAAUUUACCUCCCGGUGGUGGACUUCCUGCAAAGCAAAAAUUAAUAGAAAAUGUGUUUCGAGAAGUUUGCCCAAGCAAAGCAGACAGUAUAGGUCUUCCGUAUGAUUACCUUCUAUAUAAUUAAGUGCUACUUGUAUUACAAACCGCAUCAGAUGUACAAAUACAAAAACAAUACAGAUUUUUAUCGAAAGUGAGAAUUGAUAAUGUAUUCUUUAUCGGGAUAAAUGCGAAUGUACACACAUUGAUUGUCGACCAUAAACAGCGAAAAAUAUGUUAUUUUUGACAGAUGUUUCACUAAUACUUUUAUCGCGAUAUUCAUAAAAAAAUGUACAAUAUCAAUUUAUACACGCGUGGCAUAAACUGUCAUUACUGAUAGGUGAAACUUAUUUUUCCUUUUUUUUAUUAUAUUACUUUCAAAUCAAAUUUAUCGAUGUAUGAUGAUGUAUAUCUAACUUUAAAAAGAAGACAAAAGACGACAUAUUUUUUAGAUGUGAACGUUUACUUUUUCAUUUGAAAAACAAAUUAUAUAGAGAGAAUUUAAAGAUGUAGCAACGCGUGUCAGCUGCAACUGCGAUAACUAUUUUAUCAUUGAAAGAACAAUGCCAUGGUUUGUAAUAUCAAUUUUUGAUUAUACAAUGCAUGUACUGUAGGAAAACAUUCUGUUUUGAGUGAAAAACAUUCGUAACCGUGUAAGAAAGUCAUUAGAACAGUAAAAUGUUGUGAGGAGUGUUAGGAACUAAAUAUCGUUUAACUUUUCUUGGUAUACUAAAUGCAAUAUGUGAAUGUUACGAAUGGCAAGAAACUAAUUUGAAAUGGUAAAACUUGUAAAAAACAUGCAUAAAAACUAUAGCAGUGAUUGAAAUGAUUAUUACUUCACUAAUAUUGUUGGAUUUUAUAAAUUUUCUUUGCAUUAAACAAACAGCAAAAAUUCUAUUGCCGUUAUUAAAAAUGAGGGACGAGAAAUGUUUAAUUAAGGAUCACAUAUAGUCAUGUAUAAGAUAAGAAUCAAGAUUACAUACGAACGUAUUUUGCAUUAAAAAUCAAGAAUGUACGUUGUAAAAUUUUUGUAAGAAAAAUCACUUAAAAACUUUAAAAAUGUUAAUAGAGUUAAAUCUUGAAACAGCAUUUUUGUAUAUACAAGAACUGUUUUUAUUUUACUCGUUAAUUUUUUUAUUUUAACUUGGUAAAUAGUGCUCAUCUUAAACGUGCGGGACAUGCUUGAAUGAAGAAAAUACUUUUAUCAAUGUGCGAGAGUACGAAUCAAUGUAAUCUAGAUUUCUAUCAGAAGGAAUCAUUUCUACCGUUCCCUCUGCUAUGUUGACAAGAAAGCAAAUGUGCGUAAUGUGUUGCGACACGCUAUAAUUACAUAGGCAUACAUAUAUAUUUUUGUAGUUCUAGGAGACUUGCGCUCAGAAUACUUAUUCGUAGUAGGUUGCGAUUUUCCGCUUUUCACGAGGCCGUAACUUUAGGCGUUUAUAUUGAAAUAAAAAAAAAUACAAACGGUUAUCCGAAAAACACCAUAAAGCGACGGCAUUUGCGUGUGCAGGACUGGAUAAAAUAUGACCAUUUAGCACUAGACCUACAGUUCUGUCCAUAACGUAUUUAGGAUACAAGAUCAUAAUAAAACUCUCGAAAAAGAAACCACACGUAAAUUUGGUUUUAGAUAUGACAGAAGCGUCAAGCUUUAAUUUUGUUGGUCGCAUUUUUAACACUGCUUUUAUUUAAUCUUACUCUCAAAAGAUUUGGUACUGAAAACCUGAAGACGAUACGAUAUGUUUGUAAGUUUGAAUAUUCAUUGAUACUUUUGAUACGGUUUGAUUUACUUUAAAAAUAACUUUUUUUAUUUGCUUAAUUUUUAAUAAAAAUUGAAGCAACAUUUUACGCGAUUUUCUUUCGAAUACGUUAAUAUUUUAAACUUUCAAUUCAGACCUACUAAGAUUUUUAUUUCUUUCGAACAAUAUCAACCUGAUAAUUUUAUAAUUGAAAUUUUAUAUGUAUUUUAUACACGAAAUUGGGCUAAAGUAAAUGAUAAUAUUCACUGUAUAAAUUGUUCAGCUUUUAAUUUAAAAAAAAUAUAUUUGUUGAGAAAUAAACACUCUUGUAGGUUUUUGUAUGUAAAUAUCUUGUUUAUUUUAAAUAGUCCUUUUCUGAUUGCAAGAGAUAGAAAACUUGAUUGCAGUAAAUUUUUUAUAUAUUGUAUUGUCCUUUUCCAAGUAGAAUUAAAAUUGAUUGUUAAAACUCUUUUCACUUGGAAAUUAGGAAAACGGUUUUGCAGAGUGACUAGUACCUUCCAGACAAGGACUAUUUUUUUAUAAAAUAAGAAUUUAAUAUUAAUAACGAUGAAUAAUGAGAGAAAAACAAAAUAAAAUCUAGUGUUCUGGCGAUUUUUGUUGGCAACUCCUUAAAUAUUUAAUUUAUAUACUCGUCGAGACUUUUAUUGUUUUAGUUAAAUCAUGUAAUCAUUGUACAGGCGACGACUUACGCAUUUAUUUCUUUCGCAAUUUGUUCACUAGCACAAGAGAGUAUCUAACCUUCAUACUUUCAUAUGCACUUACGAUUAUAAAUGUUAUAACACUUGUUCGUUUGGAAAAAAACAAAUCAUCUUACCUAAAAAAUUGUUGUAUACCACUUAUAAACCGAUGGAUUUGAAGCAUCUCAAAGGGUGUGAAAAAUUAUAGAAAUAAAUUAUGAUUGGAACAAUGAA